AUGCGACUAUCCGUGAGUCUACUAUGCUUUAAAGGAAAAGAAUAUAACAACGUAUACAACAUAAAAUCAUCGCAGUCAAAAGAAAAUAUAAUUAUUGGACAAAAUGCUGCUGGAUCAGCUGCCAACCAAGCUUACAUAGAAGAAUUAAAAUCCAGCAUCGGAAUAUCUAAUAUUUUCAUGGGAAUUGUGGUGUUGAUUGUAUUGCUGGCGGCUAGCAUCGGAGCUUAUAAGGUUUACAAGCGAUGCCACAGGCGAUGGAUUCAGGAAGAAGUUAAUUCAUUGGCACUACAACGAGCUACAAGUAUGAUUCGACGCGGCCGUUCUCAAAAAUCAUCGAAUGAAGGAGGUGAC